UUGGACCCCUAUCAAACUUAUUCAUAGAACGGGGUGUGUCUGGGCCAUAGAGUUUGCGUGCAACUGUGCUGUCACUCAAACUCAUGGCUGUCUCGUAAUUGGCAAGUUAUGGUGCCAUGUCCCGCCCCUCCUGGGUGGCAGGCGUGUAGAAAUGAUACGGUGGGAAGGCUUGGUCCUUCAAACGAAUCAACUCGAGGUGUACCUGACAGACGCACAGAGAGUCGGAGAAUUGGAAGACGUGGACUUUAUAUAUAUACACACUGUACUGUACUCUGAACGAGGGAAAAACAGCAGCGGAUUAAAAUGAAAAGGAAUCACGAUUUUAGCUCAUCGGACAGCGAGCAGGACGAGAACAUUGAGGUUGAGAAGGAGAGUGCCGAUGAAAAUGGGAAUGUGAGUUCACCCCUUGGGCCGAUGUCUCCAUCAACAAAAACUCAAGUGAAUGCGAGGAAGCGCCGUCGAGGAAUCAUUGAAAAACGGCGCCGCGACAGAAUCAACAACAGCCUCACCGAGCUGCGUAGACUGGUCCCGAGCGCGUUUGAGAAGCAGGGGUCAGCUAAACUGGAGAAAGCAGAGAUUCUGCAGAUGACGGUGGAACAUCUGAAGAUGCUUCAUGCUGUUGGAGGAAAAGGUUACUUUGAUGCCCAUGCUCUGGCCACGGACUACCAAGGUCUGGGUUUCAGGGAGUGUCUGGCUGAGACAGCCCGCUACCUGAGCAUCAUCGAGGGGCUGGACAGCGCUGACCCCCUGAGGAUCCGCCUGGUCUCCCACCUGAAUAGCUACACGUCCCAGAGAGAGGCCCUCUCCAUCUCUGGGCUGGGGCACCUGGCCUGGGGCUCGGCCUUCGGGUCGCCCCCCUCCGCCCCACUGGCCCACCUCCUCCUCCGGCAGCAGCACCAUCAACAUCAGCAGGGGGCGACGUUACAGUUACCACGGAGCGUCUCCAACAGCCCUCCGUCAUCCUCCUCUUCUACUCCUUCAUCCUCCUCUCCGAUUGAGAGAGCGCCACGUUCCUCGCCCCAUGGCCAUGCUCCCAGCAGGCUUAGCGGUGCCACCCCCCUCUCUGAGCCCCUCCCCCCGGGACUGAACCUCACCGUGACCUCUUCAGCCGCCAUGACCGCCAAGCUCUCCCCUCCCCUCUCUCUGUCCUCCCUCUCCACCCUGUCGGCGUUCCCCUUCCCCUUCAGUGCCUUCCCCCUGCUGUCCCCCAGCACCCUCAGCUCCCCUGCCUACACCCCCUCCAGCCAGGCCAGCCUGGGGAAGCAGCCCUACCGGCCCUGGGGCAUGGAGAUAGGCGCUUUCUGAAUGAUCUUUAACCCCCCUCCACACAGACUAAACUGACCAUAUAGAUCAAUAGAGGUCGCACCAUCACUAUGAACUCAACUCAGUUCACCAGCUGAGCAGGACCUUUCCAUGGCCAGACAAUGUUUUUCUAGACCUUUCCAUGUCCAAGACAAGAUUAUGUUUUUCUAGAUCCUUCCAUGGCCAAGACAAUGUUUUUCUAGACCUUUCCAUGGCCAAUACAAUGUUUUUCUGGACCUUGCCAUGGCCAAGACAAGAUUAUGUUUUUCUAGACCUUUCCAUGGCCAAGACAAUGUUUUUCUGGACCUUUCCAUGGCCAAUACAAUGUUUUUCUGGACCUUGCCAUGGCCAAGACAAUGUUUUUCUAGACUCUUCCAUGGCCAAGACAAUGUUUUUCUGGACCUUGCCAUGGCCAAGACAAGAUUAUGUUUUUCUAGACUCUUCCAUGGCCAAGACAAGAUAAUGUUUUUCUAGACUCUUCCAUGGCCAAGACAAUGUUUUUCUAGACCUUUCCAUGGCCAAGAUUAUGUUUUUCUAGACUCUUCCAUGGCCAAGACAAGAUGGAGUUUUUCUAUCUCACAUCCUAUAGAGGAUUUCUUAGAAAUUGUGUUUCAAAUCAAAGUUUGUUGGUCACACACAUAUUUUGCAGAUGUUAUCGUGGGUGUAGUUAAAUGCUUGUGUUUCUAGCUCCAACAGUAAUACCUAGCUAAAUGCUUGUGUUUCUAGCUCCAACAGUUAUACCUAGCUAAAUGCUUGUGUUUCUAGCUCCAACAGUAAUACCUAGCUAAAUGCUUGUGUUUCUAGCUCCAACAGUAAUACCUAGCUAAAUGCUCGUGUUUCUAGCUCCAACAGUUAUACCUAGCUAAAUGCUUGUGUUUCUAGCUCCAACAGUAAUACCUAGCUAAAUUCUUGUGUUUCUAGCUCCAACAGUUAUACCUAACUAAAUGCUUGUGUUUCUAGCUCCAACAGUAAUACCUAGCUAAAUGCUUGUGUUUCUAGCUCCAACAGUUAUACCUAGCUAAAUGCUUGUGUUUCUAGCUCCAACAGUUAUACCUAGCUAAAUGCUUGUGUUUCUAGCUCCAACAGUAAUACCUAGCUAAAUGCUUGUGUUUCUAGCUCCAACAGUAAUACCUAGCUAAAUGCUUGUGUUUCUAGCUCCAACAGUAAUACCUAGCUAAAUGCUUGUGUUUCUAGCUCCAACAGUAAUACCUGUUACUGUUCACUUUUUACAUUCUAUGAUAUAAUAUGAUCCAUAAAAAGAGGCACGACACUCUUCUCCAUUAAAACAGUUGAUUGCGAAUUAAUGAAUUAAUAAUAAAUAAUCUUCAACAUAUGGCAACAAUCCCUCAAACACACUGCAGUGUCCCUGUGUACCUGUAUCUUUGCUCAGAGAUAUAGUAUAUAGACUAUAUAUUACAGUCCAAUUUUGAGAUGACAUUUAAAUGACAUGGUGCAAGUGAUCAAUUCUGUUCGAGAUUCUGCACAGAUUAUUGUGAACAUUCUGACUUCAUAUGAUUACACCAGACAAUAUAUAGUUACAGUAACCUCAAUGUGGCCAUGGAUGUGUUACUCAUUUAAAGGUUGAAUGUUACAUUAACAUUAAUGUAACUUAACUUCAGGCUCUUUACUUUAUUACAAAAGUAAUAUUGAAUUAUCUUUGGUUGACAAACAAAGAUAAUUUAUCUUCUGCUUGGAUAGUUCCAUUUGUGCCACUGACUUAGUCUGCCUUUAAUUCCAUUUUGUCUACAAUUUAAUAAUUGAUAUGCUGAAUUCACACCUACAUCUCAACCAAAAAUGUAAGUUAUAGAAUAGGAGUAAAUCAAAUGAAACUUUAUUGAAAGAGCAUUUACAGUUUGAUUUGAUUUAGUCCUAUUCUUUUAGUUAGAUUUUUGGUUGAGAUGGAGACUUUAAUACAACAUAUAAAUUAUUAAUUUGUUAGACAAACUGGAAUUAAAGCCAGACUAAGUCAGUGGUACAGAUGGAGCCAUCCAAGCAGAAGAUAAAUCUCCUUCAAAUGUUGAUAUUUGGUUGCGUUGACAACCAAACACAAUUAAAUAUCACUUUUGAAAUACAAUAAAUAUCCUGAUAACUUGUUAACAAAUUAUAUGUUGGAUUCACGUCUCAACUCAACCAAAAAUCAAAGUUAAAGAAUGGGAUUAAGUCAGUGCCUCAGAUGGAACUAUGCAAGCAGGACAUACAUCUCCUUUAAAUGUUGAUAUUUGUCUCUCUUAUUAGAUGAAUCACAGUGAUAACAGAUUAAUCAGUUGUAUAAAUAAACAAAAUACCUGACAUUUUAUUCCAA